AUGUUUUUUUCUGAAUAUCAAAGUGAUCAUGGUGUGAAAGGUUAUCCUGAAGAAGGGAUUGUAUAUCAGAUGCAGCCUUCAGGUUGUCAUAUCAUCCCUCAGGAUAAACCCAAUAUACAAUCCUUCCCUCGUCAGAAUCCCAACCAUUAUUUCCUUGUGAAUAACACCAGGCAAACCAAUCAAUAUUAUUCAAGAAAGAGGCAAAUUUUGGGACAACCAGGGGCAAACUUGAUUCUGGGACAACCAGGGGCAAACUUAUUCUGGGAAAACCAGGGGCAAACUUAUUUUGGGACAACCUGAAGCAAAUUUGAUUCUGGGACAACCAGGGGCAAACUUUAUUCUGGAACAACCAGGGGAAAACUUAUUCUGGGACAACCAGGGGCAAACUUGAUUCUGGGACAACCAGGGACAAACUUUAUUCUGGGACAACCAGGGGCAAACUUAUUCUAGGACAACCAGGGGCAAACUUGAUUCUGGGACAACCAGGAGAAAAGUUGAUUCUGAGACAAACUUAUUUUGGGACAACCAGGGGCAAACUUGAUUCUGGGACAAUGUAAAGCAAACUUGAUUCUGGGACAACCAGGGACAAACUUUAUUCUGGGACAACCAGGGGCAAACUUAUUCUAGGACAACCAGGGGCAAACUUGAUUCUGGGACAACCAGGAGAAAAGUUGAUUCUGAGACAAACUUAUUUUGGGACAACCAGGGGCAAACUUGAUUCUGGGACAAUGUAAAGCAAACUUGAUUCUGGGACAACCAGG